AUGCAGCCUUUGCCGAACAGGUUAGGACUUGGUCUUCGUAACCAACCCUUGCCGUCCUUUGGCCAGGGACCCUCAAUGUCGGCUCUUGCACAGCAGCAGCAAAUGCACCAACACUUUGUGUCGCCUCAAGCGCAGAAGCAAGUAACGCUCUUUAUUGGUUCAAUAUCAGGCGGGAUCACCGAUGCAUUUCUCAAUCAACUUCUUACGGCAUGUGGCCCGGUGAAGUCAUUCAAGCGCUUGAUCACACCCGCAAACAAACCCCAAGGAUUUGGGUUCGCCGAGUUUGAGGAUCCUGAGGGAGCGUUGCGUGCUAUGGCGCUGUUGAAUAACGUGGAACUCCCUGCGUUGGAGGAUGGUUGUGUUAGCAAAAAGUUGCUGGUGAAAGCAGACGAUAGAACAAAACUGUUUCUGGAAGCAUAUUCGGCGCACCGUAUGCAGACAGACACCGACGAAGCAGCCACGCAAAAAGCAAAAGCCAGUGUUGAGAAGCACCUCGCCGAAAUCAACCGCACUUCUCAAGAAGCAUCCAACAAUGGUCUUCUCGACAAGGAGAAAUACGUCAUUCCCCCGCAUCUACAUGACUUGCAGGAGGCAGACCUGCCAGAAACUCAGCGUGGGCUCGUCAUCUCGGAGAUUGCGCAGUUCCGCGAACGUGCUGCGAAACGCGAGCGAGAGAAGCUGCGCGACACUAAGCAGAACAUCCCAGUGCUGCCAAGUGGGCCCAAGGUGCGCGAGUGGGGUAAACCCCAAGGCGGGCCAGGGGCGCCAUCAUCACAAAGUUCGAAGCCUGGUGCCCUGGGAAGGGAUGCACAGCAGGGAUACAACAAGCCGGUUGGCUUUGUCAAGGCGGAACAAAGUGCAGAAGGAGAUGAGCGGCAGUUGGCCGGGAAGACGACAAAGACGGAUGAAGAAUUAGAGGCGGAGAGGAAGGAGGCGAGACGACGAGACGAAGAAAACUCAUUCAGAGACCGCGAGCGCAGAUAUGAACCACGGGAACGUGUACGUAUACAGACGUUAGAGCGCGCGCUCACGCGGGAGCGAACGACGAAGGAAGCUGAGGAGCGGGAUCGCCAAGAGAUACAUGUGCGGCUCGACGUGUGGGACGACGAUGAAAGCGACGAACAGUUCUACACGGACCGCACCCGAUGGCGAGCACAACGUGCGCGUCGGCUUGCAGCGGAGGAGGCCGCCGAUGCCGAGUCGCGGGCCUUUGAAGAGCGGGAGGUGGAGAACUUGCGGCGGGAGUCCGAGGCGUUCCUCGCACGCCAGAUGGACGAGAUGCAGGCGCUGGCGGAGGAACAACGCAAGGCGGGCAUGUUGCUCGAUGACGGUGCGCCUGUCAAACUUAAUGUCUCCUUGGCUGCUGCUGCGCCCAAAGCGGAGGGCGGGCCUUCGAUGGACAAGGCGACCUUGUUCGGGAACGAGGAAGAGGAGGAGGACGCGGUGAGGAGGCGCAAGGUGCCUUUGGUGAAACUUGAUUUCAGUGCCGCGAACGACGGAGAGAAGGCGAAGGAGAGAUUGGAGCGAAUCAAAGCUUCCGUUCCCAGUGAUAAGGAGACGCUAUUCAAGGCAAAGGUCCGGUGGGACUGCGUGACUGAUCUCAUGAUUGACCGCAAAUUCGAGCCUCUCGUCAAGCGGCUGAUGGUUAAAUAUAUCGGUGAGCUCGAAGACGAUGACCUUGUCAUGUUCGUGUUGGAGCAUCUCAAGGACCAUAAGAGUCCAAGCAAGCUUGUUGAUGGCCUAGAGCCGGUUCUUGAAGAGGAAGCUGGUGAGCUCGCCAUUCUCGUCUGGAGACAAGUGAUCUUCGAGAGUAUGGCAUACGGCGAGGGCCUGCAAACAGAACGAAUGCUAGUUGAUUGA